GCGAGGAUGGCAACCCUGUAGCCUUUGGCAACUGCCAGGCAGUGAACGAACGGCCUUGAAGGGAAGGGGGCGUUAUCAUUCUCCGCUACUUCCUCCGCCCACUCUCGCCUCUUCGCUGCUUCUCCCAACACGGUUAAGGCUCAGACAGUCAUCAUGGUCGUGGCAAAGCUGUGGAAAUUGGCGCGCAGGCCGGAGGGGAAGCCCCGUGUGGAGGACUUCGCCCUGGUGGAGGAGGAAAUUCCAGCCUUAGGCGAGGGAGACGUGUUGGUGGAGGCGGUGGCCCUGAGCGUCGACCCUUACUUGAGGUACCGGGCACGGAUGCUCCCCCUCAACUCAGUCAUGUUUGGAUCGCAGGUUGCCAAAGUUAUCGAGAGUAGAAACCCUCAGUGGCCCGUAGGAAAGCACUUGGUCCACUAUGAGGGUUGGCGGACGCACACACUCAUCACGGCUAGUCGACUCCAAGAGAAGGAUCUGCAGCUCCAGCCUCUGCCAGAAAUGCAGGACCUUCCGAAAAGUCUAGGCAUUGGACUCCUAGGCAUGCCAGGCAACACUGCGUACUUCGGGCUCCUUGACAUCUGCGAGCCCAAGGCGGGAGACACGGUGCUGGUGAACGGGGCUGCUGGCGCCGUCGGCAGCGCGGUGGUGCAGAUCGCCAAAAUCAAAGGCUGCAAGGUGAUUGCAUUCGCCGGUUCUGACGAGAAGGUGAAGUGGGUGAAGGAACUUGGCGCCGACCACGUCUUCAACUACAAGACAGCCAACAUUGGGGAAGCCCUGAGCCAAGCCGCACCCAACGGCAUCAACGCUUUCUUCGAUAACGUGGGAGGCAAGUUCACGGCCGAAGCCUUGAACCACAUGGCAGACUUUGGCCGCGUGUCCCUGUGUGGGGCCAUCUCCACCUACAACGAGGAGACCAAAGAGGCGCCGGGCGCACUCACAGGAGCCUUCAAGGAGCGUGUCGUGCUCACGAAGCAGCUGCGUGUGGAGGGCUUCCUCGUCACACGGUGGGGUGCCCGCUGGAUGGAAGGCCUCAACCAGCUCAAGGCGUGGGUGCUGGAGGGCAAACUGAAGUAUCGGGAGACUGUGGUUCAUGGGUUUGAGAAGAUGCCACAGGCCUUCAUCGGUCUGUUUGACGGAGACAACAUCGGGAAGGCAGUCGUGGUGCCGCAGUGAGCGUCAGCCGCCACCACUAACCACCAGGACCAAUAUUCUCAAACGUUUCGACGCCUUAGUACAUUUACAUUAGCUAGCUCUCGUAGAACUUGUAAGGAUUCACACGUAGGUGGAUUCAUUUGGGGGUAGUUUUGCAAGAUUUCUACACCAUGAACAGGAAAACACUGAUGGGAACCCAAGGGAUGUUUACUGUGGCCUUCAAACUUGACCGUGAUAAGAGCUGAAGCGUUUGAGUAUACGAGUCCGGGGCUCUCCGAUAACCACUACCACCGUUCAUGUGCCUUUCUGGUGUGAACUCUUCUUGCCCUCGGAGGCUGGUAUACAAGGGUGGUUGUUAGCUCUGUGGCAUAAUUGUCGAGUGUUGAGCGUUUUGAUUAAUGUAAAGGUAUAAUGCAACUGUACUUAAUUUCACUUGUACGGAAUUACAAAAUGCAUAUUGUGCUGAGUCUGGUUUAUUCUUCCAACAUCAUCUUGUUAGUGGUGUCGCUAGGGGUCCAUAUAUUUAAUUAGUCAAGGAGCCAAAUUGGGUUCCUAAGUUUUCUGUGGAAGGUCGGUCUCAUGAGGGGCUGCCUUUAUAGGUAAAGAAUUAGGGGUGUACGCCAUAGCUGCGCUUGGCCUCGAUGCUGAACUCCGUCGCAUUGGCCCUUGAGCUUGUGGUGGGUAGAGUUACCUUCCCCAGGUUUCCCACGGUACCAAUUUAUCGACCAGCCGGAAAUGAAGGAUCAACAGCUGGGUCAGCAAUGUUGCCAGAUUGUCGUACUCAGCUUCCUAUGUUUGCCGAUAUCCGACCCCAAAACUGCCUCCUCGACCCCAUUAAUUGCCUUCAUAUGCAGUUAUCGUUAAAAUGGUUAAUUAUUGGUGUUUUUUGGCAAUAGCUAUGGCUCAGAAACCAGUAAAUACGAGGCUCUGAGUACGAUAAUCUGGCAACGUUGGCUGGGUGAGUUGCACGCCGACUUCCCUGACUGGGAUUCGAACCCUGGUCCGCGGAUCCACAGCCAGGCAAGCUAACCAAUGCACCACGUACUUACAUAGAGUUACUCAAAGGGCCAAAUUACAUUGCAGUUUGUUCCCUCGAUUUCAUGUUAGGGGCCACAGCCAUGCCACUGACUAGCAAGCAUGGGGCGAAUGGCGAAUAUGGAGGUGCCGUGAUUAUGCACACGUUUAAGAGGGAUGUUAAUUUUUAUUUUGAUGUAAUGACAAAAAAUAUAUUACAUUUGGGGAUA